CUUCAAUAUUCUUUUAACUUUGUCUCCAUAAUGUCGAACCCAAUGCGUUAUGAAUACCUUAUCUCAAGGUAAAAUCUAAAGAACCAGAAAGAAAUAGAAAGCAAGGAAAAGACUCACGUUAUUCUUCGUUGUUAUUUAGGUCUGGCGAUGUCGUGUUUGCAUUGACAGUUGGUACUUUAGCAUAUUUUUUAAACGAGAGAGAUAACCCAAGAGCACAAAACGGAAAGACACUGGUUGAAUUAAUUUCGAGGGCCAAAGAUAAAAAGAUUCAACAAAGAGAGGCCAAAAGAAAUUCGGAAUAAGACUGUAUCUUUGAUUUUAAAUCAUUUCUUCCCUCCUCACCCAGCGGCAUGAUUUUUACUCAUUAACGAUGAUCAACACCCCUUUUCCUUUACCGAAAAAAAACAUAGCAGCGGUUUACUAUAAAAAUAAACAAUUUCUCUUUUCUUUUAAAUUUACAUUUUCUUAGCAACCACAAACAUGUUAAUCACUGUUGUAUCCUCUCUAUUUCUAAUCCUAUCUGCAGGUGUUGCAUCGGGUGCUCAAUACUUUGAUCUAGAUCCACAAGAGUUUUCAUUCAAUCAGUCCAAGAGUAUCUUUAUUGCGACUUCCAUUGGUGGCUCCUCGCACACUAAAUGGGUACUUGAAAUUGGAAGAAUAUUAGCCAACAGAGGCCACAACAUCACUUACGUCACGCGCGACGAUCAAUUGGCCCUAGCUGACGCAUUCCCCCAGAUUCAAGCUGUAUCUACUGGUCCUCCUGUCUAUGACAACAUUCUGGAUAAAGUCAAAUCCAAAAACUUUUAUGAAAUUGCUAAAGUCGUGCGUAAAUUCUUGAAUAAGGCCUACCAAAAUGAUAUGCGAUUCUAUGAAGAUCUUUUUACCACUGUUACUCCUGAUUUCUUUAUUUGCGACGCCUUUAAUGACCCCUGCAUUGACACCGCCACAAAAUUAAAUGUCCCAUUUGCUAUUACAUGUACAGGUAUCCUGCACCAGGAUAUACCUGUACCUUAUAUCAAUAGUUUGGGUACAACGGCACAUGCCACAUCCGAGAGUAUGACCAUGUGGGAAAGAUUUCAUCACAAGUAUGUCGACUUGAUCAAGAUAGUAUAUCACCUUUACCCAGAAAUGAAGGAACUCGAUGGCUAUCGUACCUUAUUUGAUGUUGAAGCAGUUGGCCUCAACAGAUACAAGAAAUGGGAAAACGCACUUAAAUUGAUCAACUCGUAUUUCGGUUUUCAACCUCCUCAAAUCCUCAGCCCAUUGACCCACAUGGUCGGACCUGUCUUAAGUGCAAAACAAAAGGAACUUACUGCAGAGGAAGCUCAAUUCUUAGACUCACAUAAAAAAGUAGCCUAUGUCGCCUUUGGUCAAGUAGCCGUGCCUAACAAGCGAGAGAUCGAGAUAUUGGCAAGUGCACUUUUGGAUCAAGUCGAGCGUCAUCAAUUGGACGGUGUGAUCUGGGUUGGAUUGAAAAGACAUAUUGCAUUAAAUGAUGAUGGCUCUUCUUGGUCCAUCAAGACAAGCAAAAGGACAAUGACAUUCACCACCGCUAUGUUGAUUGAUUACCUUUCCAAACAUGUAUUUAUGCCCAACUGGGCUAGUCAGUUUGCUGUUCUUGCGCAUGAUGCUACUGCUUUAUUUGUCAGUCAUGGUGGAGCAGAAAGUGCCAAUGAAGCCACCUUUAACGGUGUGCCCAUCUUAAUCAAUCCUUAUUACGGUGAUCAAUUACUGGUAGGGCGUGCAUUGACCAUUGCAGGCGUAGCUCGUGUCUAUGAUCGAUCCGCUAGUACAUUUGAGUCUGUCAAGAAGGAAAUGGAUAUCUUGCUAAUGGACACUAAUGGUCAGGUAGCACGUAAUGUAUCGCGUAUGAUGGUUUUAGCCAAAAUGGGCUCGAAAAGAAAGGGAUAUGCUGCGGAUUUAGUGGAGGAACACAUGUUUGCUUCUGACAAGGGUAUCUCCCAUCAUCGCUACGAAGUCUCCAGAAAAAUUUCCAAGAUUAAAUCUACAAAUAUUGAUUUACAUUUCACUGUGUUUUCUUUUGCCGUUCUUAGUGGUGUCACCUUUUACUUCAUGAUUUAUUUUUUUAAAACACAAAUCAAAUAAAGGACUGUCAAAUAACU